AUGACUUCAAAUAAAGAAUCACGAAAUGCUUCAUCAACUGCUGAAAGUGGUGCUUCUACUCCUACUCCCGCAAAAAAUGCUACUGGAAUGAAAACUGACCCAACAUGGGAAUACUGCGUUUUACUUGACCCAAUUACCAGAAAAGUGAAGUGUAAAUUCUGUGAGAGUGAAGUUACAGGAGGUAUUUAUCGUUUUAAACAUAAUUUGGCUGGAAACCAUAAUAAUGUUAAGAUGUGUUUAGCGGUUCCAGAUGGCAUCAAGAUUAAAAUGGUGGAUAGGGUCUACAAAUUACAAACAAAGUUGUUGCAAAAGUCACAAGAAGUUAGCAUUGAAGAUGAUAAUUCUACUGCCACAGGUCUAAAGAGUUUCAAAAAAAUGUUUGAAUAUGCUAUAAAACAUGGUAUAGGAUUUAAGCCACCAACCUAUCAUGAAAUUAGAGUGAAGUAUUUAGAUUAUUAUUAUGGUCAGAUUAACAAUGAUUUAGAGGAGCAUAGGGCUGUUUGGAGGAAGUUAGGCUACACUAUAAUGACGGAUGGUUGGACCAAUAGGAGGAGAAGGACUAUACUGAAUUUUUUGGUGAAUAGUCCCAAAGGAACUGUUUUUUUGAAUUCUAUUGAUGCAUCUGAUAUAACUAAGACAGCUGAUAAGAUUUUUAAGAUGAUAGAUGAUAUUAUUGAAGAGGUUGGGGAAGAAAAUGUUGUCCAAGUUGUUACCAACAAUGCUGCCAAUUACAAAGCAGCAUGGGAAUUAUUGAUGGAAAAGAGAACAAAGUUGUAUUGGACACCUUGUGCUGCCCAUUGCAUUGACUUGAUGUUGGAAGAUUUUGAGAAGAAAAUCCCUCUCCAUAAAGAUACAAUUGCCAAGGGUAAAAAGAUCACAACUUAUAUUUAUGCAAGAACAAGUCUUAUUUCUUUGUUGCAUAAGUUUACUAAUAAUGCUGAUUUGAUUCGACCUGCAAUGACUCGUUUUGCCACUUCUUAUUGA